UUAGUGUUUUAAAUCAACAAAAUAAAAAUAACGUCACGCUGAAAUGAAUAAAAUUUUAUGGUUUGGCUACAUCGGGAAAAAGAACACCGGUUUUCUGAGUCCAAGCGAGAAAAUAUGCCUAAAUGCAUCUAGAAAAAGAAUACAUAGUAUUGUACUGGGAAGUCUUUUCAGUACAGCUAUUUGGACCAUCUACAGACUGGGUAAGCCCGAGGAAGACGACCGGGGUCCUAUAGAUGAUGAAUUCAGCCGGCUUCCCUGGUUCCGCCAGUACCUAAUGAGAAUGUGGCAUACACUUAAGUAUUAUGAAAAAAUGAUGGAAGAACCCCAGAUGACAAAGUUGUUGCCAAACGUUGUUCCACCGCCGUAUAUACAAUCUCCCUAUUCACUGGUCCUGGAAAUCAAAGACGUCCUGGUGCAUCCAGAUUGGACUUAUCAGACUGGGUGGCGGUUUAAAAAGCGGCCGGGUGUGGAGAACUUUCUGCAGCAGUGCAGCCGAAAUUUUGAAAUUAUCAUAUAUACUUCAGAGCAGGGUAUGACUGCAUUUCCCCUCCUAGAUGCUUUGGAUCCCUAUGGCUACAUAAGUUAUCGGCUAGUAAGAGGGGCUACGGACUUGGUAGAGGGACAGCAUACCAAGAACCUCGAAUAUCUUAACAGGGACUUAAGUCGUGUAAUAGUUAUUGAUUGUGAUCCGUAUACCACUCCACUGCAUCCUGAUAAUAGCUUGGUGCUCACAAAGUGGCUGGGGAACGAUGAUGAUGUUCAGCUCUUCGAUCUCACGGCUUUUCUGCAGUUGGUGGCCGACCACCAAGUAGCUGAUGUAAGGGAGGUGCUGCGAUACUAUCGACAGUUUGAGGACCCCAUUGAGCAGUUCAAGGACAACCAACGACAAUUGCAGGAGCAGAAUCAGGGAAACAUUCAGAAUUUACCAGCUUGUGAACGUCAGUAGACCUUGACUUUAUUGUGACGCUCCCAUUGAGGGUCUUCAAUCAAAUAAAUUUUCGUUUAUGUACAUAUACCCUAAAA